UCAAUUUAUUUCAAUUUUAUUUCAUUACAUUUGAUUCCAUACGAAAAAUACAAUUUGGCAUUUUUUUUGACCAACUGUUGACUUCAGUCUACAGUUGACUUUUUGGUCAACUUUGACCAAAGUCAACCCAAAAAUUCACCCAUAUUUGUCCAUUGAAUAUCCAUUUACAAAGCAUAUCAUAAAGAAGAAAUGCAGUCAUUUUCUCCCAAAAUCAAGACAUGUAAAUAAAAGUAUACAAGAGAUAUAUCAUGUCCUAAAGUUUGAAUACAAGUAGGAAAAUAUAAAUAACAAGAUGCAACUUCCCAUGCCUAAAUAUUGUCACAAAUCUGCUGGCUCCUGUUUUGAUCUUUCUAAUUGUGAUAUACUUCCAAGGUUUCCGCGUGGUUUUGCCUGUAAGGUCGAAGAAUGCUCGUGGACAGCAGGGCUCAUAUCCAAUCAAACUGUUUUACACCUCCAACAUGCCCAUUAUUCUUCAGUCUGCCCUUGUUUCCAAUCUCUACUUCCUUUCCCAGCUGCUACACAGAAAGUAUGCCGGAAACUUCAUUGUGGAUCUGUUGGGAAAAUGGAAGGAAUCUGAAUAUGGAGGCGGUCACUCUAUUCCUGUUGGUGGCAUUGCAUACUAUAUAACUGCACCCUCUAGCUUAGCUGAUAUGGCCGCCAAUCCUUUCCAUGCACUGUUCUACCUGGUGUUUAUGCUGUCAGCCUGUGCCUUGUUCUCCAAAACUUGGAUUGAAGUCUCUGGUUCAUCUGCUAGGGAUGUUGCCAAGCAGUUGAAGGAACAACAAAUGGUUCAAGCAGGCCAUCAACAACAGCUCUUUCGAAUCUAUACAGACACCCGUGCCGCAGUCCUGGAGCAAAGUCCAAGAAAGUUAGGUGUUGAGAGGCUGAGUAAGGAGGCUGUUCAAUCCGUUGUUCCUGCAAGAAUAACCUUAGCAUUGAAAGGUGAUAUUUUCUAUGAAUAUUUAUCUUCAAUGCGCCAAAUUUCAAGGUCAGAAGCAGUCCGUGUUUCAUAA